AUGAAAUCCCUCAUCUCGAGAGAAUUCUACUUUGAAUACGGCAACGAAAGCACCCUUCUCUUCACUGAGACAAUCGGAGAUUUCGAAAGUGUCAAGAACAAGCUCAAAGAAGACGAGGUAGCCUUCCCUACUCACGCCCUCAGGAAGAACAAAACACACGCAUUCGUGCUGAGGAGCCUGGACUUUCAGCCUGAGCCCUCCGAGAUCAUUGGAGAAAUGGAACAAGAGCACAAAAUAAAGGUCAAGGUGGUCUACAGGCUCAACACGCGAUUCGUUGAAGAAAUUGAUUCAUCCUUGAAAUGGUACUUCCUUGUAGAGGUUUUGGUGAAAUCUUAUCACAUCACAUUGUCGCUUAUCAACGUGAUUAACGCAACCAGAGAAGACAUAUAUUUUUACUUCACCUUCCUAAUAGUCUUGCUCAGCCAAGUUUUCAUGUAUUAUUAUAAUGCCAAUGAGCUAUCAAUAGCAAGCACACAUUUGAGCGUGAGAAUAUUCAAAAGUAACUGGUACGAUCAAAGUCCUGAAGUGGUGAGGAGUCUUUCGAUAAUGAUGAUGAGAGUGCAGAGACCAUUAGUACUUACUAUCGCCGGUAUUCGAGUGAUUGACAUCGAACUGUUCGUGAGCAUCAUCAAAGCUGGUUAUACUUUCAUACUGUACCAGGAAAUUGGAAGAGAUUCCUAG